AGAUACCCAGAGAAGGAGAGAGUCCUUCCACCAUUUUCUCAUUUCUGUGAAGUUUUUUUCAUAGAUUUUUACUAUUUUUGUUAGCAGUUUUAUUCCUUCUGGAAAACUGUUAUUAUUCUUGUAAAGCGUUUUCACAAUUGAAGUCGAGGAAGGAACGUCAGUUUCAUCUUUUUGAUCGCGAGCUUUAAGAGUUAUGAGAAAUAAUAGGCCUAGAAAUUUUAGAAUUGUUACUCUAUAAUGGGAAUAUUUUUUUUUUAAGUGAACAGUAGAUAGAUAUAUGCCUCAUAUAAAGGAGAGGGGUCGUUUAAGUGUCGAGAAUUUCCCGCGAAAGUUUGAAAAAUUUCCCCAAAAUUAAACAAUAAGUCAAAGUGUAUUUUAUUUAAAAUUUCAGUUGUGUUAUUUUGUUUAUAAUGUAUACAGGUUUCUGAACAUGCUGUUAAAUCUACCCCCGGAGUUGAUCCAUUCCAUUCUAGUUCUCCUUAAUCCAGGAGAUCUGAGAAACCUUAUCCUAACCUGUACUCAGCUCAGGGUACUAUUAGAUCAUCCGGACUACUGGAGAACCACAACAGUAAGAAGCUCUAGACUAAAAAUUGGAUGCUGUGCUGAAUUCGUAGAAAUUCCAAGGUUUCAGGGAAUCUUGAACCUAGAUCUCUCCGGACUUAUCUCCACAUCUCCGGAGAACUGGGAAUACGUCCUGGCAAGAUUAAGCGCGGAUUUUCAUCGUUUGAAAAAUCUUAAACUAAGAAAUAAUAAUUUUACCAAGGUUCGGUUAAAGAUAACUCCUCCUACUCUGGAGACACUGGAUUUAUCCUUUUCCGUCCUUACUCCGACCCAACUUGACACGGUUUGGGGAUCUCUACUAAACCUCAGAAAAAUGAGGAUUCUAAGAUUAGACUAUUUGGAGAUAUUCUCUCCUGAAACAUGGGAAACCUCUGACAUGGAGAUAUUCUCUUGUGAAACCAGGGAAACCUCUAACCUUGAGAUAUUCUCUUGUGAAACCAGGGAAACCUCUAAUCUGGAAAUAUUCUUUCCUGAAACCUGGGAAACCUCUAAAACCUAUAACAAGCUUACCAGUAGUCACAUAGCUAAAGCAUUAAAACAAUAGGAACAUAAUUGAUCAUUAUUCUGAGUUCAAACAAGUUCCUCGACCCGCUUUGAACCUGAACGUUCAAAAUUUUAAAUAACCGUCAAAUCUAAUAAAAAAUAUUAAGUAAUAAUGGCUACAAAUUGUGAACGGAAUUGGCUAAAAUUUGUGAACUAAAAUCGGCUACAAAUUGUGAACUAACAAUGUCCAACUGUACACACUAUACAGGGAGAACCAAAGGGGGGAAUAAGGGGGCUUAUCCCCUAAAUCCUCCCCCCCCCCUGAGAAAACUGAUGGUUUAAGGUCCCAUGGAUUACAAUAACAAGCCGCUAUGUCAGGCAGAAUGAUCAUGAUGACCAAGAAAACGAACUGUUUGUAAAUAUUUGUAAAUAUUUGUUAUAAUUUAAUAUAUUUGUCCAAUAUCCACACAAAACUCUACAGUUAAAUCAAUAAUAAAAUACAUGUACUGUA